UGGCCGUCUAUUACGAAUGGGAAUAUUCGCGGUUAUUUUGUCUCAAUAUUUGCUUAAUUAUCUAGUUUUUAUAAUUUUGAUAACAUUGUCUUACAGAAUAGAAUGUAAGUCAAUGUGCGUAAUAAAAUCUUUCACGUAUCCUGAAGAUGCCAGUUAAUCCUGUAUCAGGAACGAAAAAAGGUGUUGAAAAAUCGAAAUUUACACUAUCCUUAAACAGGAAUAAUGCUACAUAUUUGAGCGACGAAAAUAAAAAACCUGUGAAUUCGAAAGGUAUUUCUAGCUCUCUAAAAGUGUUCGACGACAAUAAGGAGAAUAAGCCCGUAAAGAGAGCACUAAACAGCACAUAUCUGAAUACUUUGAAUGCUGCGAAGAAGCUAAAACCAUUAGUGGAAACUCCGAAAUCUGCCGAUAGUGAGCUGAUAGUAUUAGAAAAGCCUAUUGGCAGCGCUGCCAUGUUGAAUGGCCAUCAUCCUACAGACAAUCAAUAUGGAGGAGGAACUCAGUGGAAGGCACCUAUUGCCACUCUCUCUAACUUGGGGAAUACUUGUUUUUUAAAUAGUGUACUUUAUACAUUGAGGUAUGCACCUCGGUUUCUCCACAAUUUACACCAUCUGGUAUCAGAUUUAGCAAGUGUGGAACAGAAAUUAGGCAGCAUUAGAUUGAAGAGUUCCUCAUUGGGUCGAAGUGCUGCUGGCUUAGCAUCAUCAGGGACCAGGUCAUGGAGCAGUAAGGACUUACUGUCUUUAGGACAGUCUGAGAAUAAUGCUGGGAAAAGUAAAAUACAGAUUGCUACGGAAAAGCUACAUGAAACCUAUUUAAACCUUCGAGCAGCAGAGAGCAAAUGCCUCAACAGUGGCUCGGGAGAUGGAAGUCCUGAGCCAUAUGCUGCUGAUGCCUUUCUUGCCGCACUUAGAGAUGUUAAUUCUACAUUUGAAGGUAAUCGUCAACAAGAUGCCCACGAGCUAUUGGUGUGCAUUUUGGACAACAUACGAGAAACUUGCCGCGCGCUCAGCGCUAGAGCUUCACGUCUUCAGAUACAUGAAAAUGGAGACAGUAAUGGAUUGGGACGUCAGGCAGGGUUGGACUCUGACUCUGGUAAGCCGACGCUGGGCAAUCUGAGGAAGUCAUGGAAGAAGCGCAAGGAAGGGAAGGCGAACGAGAAGCGGCACUCCCCCAUAGAGGAGCGGGCGCCCUCCCCCGCAGACCCUGAGAGGGAGGAGCGCUCUCGUCCAGGGUGGGAUUUUGUCGCUGAUGAUUUUGAAGGUACAAUGGUGACGCGCACGAUGUGCUUGGAGUGCGAGGCAGUGACGGAGAAGGCGCAGGCAGUGUGUGAGCUGUGUGUGCCUGUGGGGGACGACGAUGCGCCCUCAGACGAGCCCUUCCGUGCAGCUUGCCUCUCCAGUGAAUAUCUCCGAGAUCAGAAUAAGUAUUGGUGCGAGCGCUGCCUGCGGUAUAAUGAGGCUUGGCGCAGUGUGUCAUACUCGCGACUGCCGCGGCUGCUGGUGCUGCAGCUGAAGCGCUUCAGCGGUGGCAUGGAGAAGAUCACUCGGCAUGCACCCACACCACUCCUCAUGCCUUGCUUCUGCGAGCCUUGCGCCGCGCGACCCCCUGACCGCCCGCCACAUCACAGGUACAUUCUAUGGGCGGUGAUAAUGCACUUGGGUCAGACGCUGACGGGCGGGCACUACGUGGCGUACGCUCGCGACAGCCCGGGAGAGGGACGCUGCGAGCGCGAGGUGGGAGGCGAGGGCGCGCCCCCCUCCUCCAGCUUCAUGCGCACGCUGUUCAACCGCCCACGCCCAGCCCCGGGCUGCGCUGCCAAGGACUGCUGCGUGCCGCGCCCGAGACCUGACUCCUGCUGGCUCGCCUGCGACGAUGACCUCGUCAAACCCAUCUCGAAUGAAGAAUUCGAAGAUCUUCUCUCCUCCGAACCUAAGAUGAGAUCCGCAGCAACACCUUAUCUUCUCUUCUACGUUAAAAGCGAAGUCGGUUAGUGAUUGUGAUGUCAGUGAUACUCAGUGCCCAGUCUGUGCUUCAAGUCGUGUGUAUUUAAUGGAAAUUAUAUUUUGGUAUAUUACCAAUAUAAAUGUGAAAUUAGUGUUUGUGUGGCAGAGUUGAGUUUAUGAUAUAGAACAACUUAAAUACCAGUCGAGUUUAUUUUUGUAGGUGUCAUGAAUGAAACUUCUGUCAUAUUGGAGUUCACUGUAGGAGAAAUGAAGGUAACAAUUGCUGUAUCCAUGUGAUUCAGUUAUAUUACUUAAAUUGUUCUAAUAUUACGAAAAAAUGUUUAAUAUAAAAGAAAUUG